AAAAAUAUGUUAAAAGCCCUUGAGAACUUAAAAUAUCAAAAAUUUUAUUUGGCGUGGUAAUUUACUAAUAUUCGCGAUUCAAAAAGUCCUCCUCCAAAUAAUAUUUAUAAGCUAGUUGGUGGCGAUUGUAGUCGUCAACAUUGACUCAUAUCAGUAAACGGAGUAUAUAAUGUGCAGCGUUUUAACUGGAACCCCAGUGCGUGUCCAACCUUUCGAAGUCGAACAAGUUUCCUUGUUACAAUGAUGUGGAAGACUGUCUUGAUAACGAUUUUCGCUGCCGGUGUGUUGGCUGAUGACUUUAGUCAGAUUACAGCGGUUGUGACCUCGCAAUGCACCAAGAACAAUGCUGAAGACAAAGUCCCUGAAGUUGAAGCAGCAUUGCGUACCUUUGGAAACUGCCUCAAGGGACUGGUCGAUUUAAAUGUUCUGAAAACCGAAAUUGAAGAAGCCAAGCCAAACGGUGCACUCGACGAGGUUUUCAAGAAGUACUGUGACAAGAGUGCUCAACUGAAAGGCUGUAUCAGCUCGGUGCUGCAGGGCGUGCGUCCUUGUGUAGGCAACGAAUAUGCGAACCACAUCAAUGAUGCCCAAAACAGUACCAAUCAACUCAUCGACUUUGUGUGCUACAAGGACGGAGACCGGAUUGCUUUGUUCAUCGCGGAAGGCGGCCCUGAGUGCUUCCAGCAAAAGACUGAGAAUCUCAAGACAUGCUUUUUAAAUUUGAAACAGAGCUUCCCCACUGUGGAAUCCGCCAAUAACUUGAGCCUUGUUGAAAAAUGCGCAAAAGUUGAUGAGAUGACCUCCUGUAUCGUGAAAUCCCUCGAAGAGUGUUCCACACCGACACCCGCAAACAUGGCGGAAUCACUGAUCAAGUUCAUGCGCAAAGACUCUCCUUGCCACACCGCUCUGCCCGUGAGUAUCGUUUAAAAUUAUCUUGUUCUCGCUUUAUUUCAAAAAAUAUACUCGUAGUUAUAUUUUUGGAUAGGUUUAGAUAAUACUAUCCGUACUCGCCCGCUUCGCUGCGCAUUUAAAAUUAACAUUAUUAUUUAUUUUCAUUAUUAUUAGGGAGUCCAACACUCAUAUAAAUAUUAACCUAUCCAAGUUUUAAAGUCAAUCGGAUGCAUGGUUCAGUAGUUAUAACGGCACAUCCGUAAAAACCACUGUAGAUUUAUAUAUUAGUAUAGAUUUAAUGACAAACUUAUUUCUAAAAUACAUUAAUUACUACUAUCUAUCUGUAAAUUUAUGUACCUAAUAAUAAACAAAGUGCCUGUUAACUUUUGGAAACGAAGCUAAGAACUAAAAUUCGUUUGAUUCUAUCGUUAAUUUUAUCAAGUCCAUUUAAUAAACUUACGCUGCAGAAUGAAUCGUCGGGAUAUUUUCAAUGAAAAUAAUUCUUACUUUACUUUUUUUACAGAAGACAGAUUGAUUGCACCGUUAGACUUCUUUCCGUUAAUACUAGUGCCAUCACAAAAUUAAUGACCUUUGAAAGCUUCUUUCAAAUAAAUUUUAGAUAAGAAAUCUUUUACAAACAA